CCUCAUGCUCCCUUCUCCGUCGCCAUUCCUCUUCCCCGGGUUAAGGGGUCCCGGGGUACAACAGUGGAGGGCAGCAGUAGGCCACGGCCGCCGACAUGAAAGACCAGCCACAAGUCACUGAGUUUUCGUCUUCACUCGUGUGUGUUCCCCGUGUGCCUCUCGUGUUGAUGUUCUGACGCGAUACAUGGAUAUUACGGAUCGUUAUUGAUGAGCAUUAUAUCACGUACACCAGAGAGACACGAUGCGGGGCUCAAUCUCUGUGUGGGAAUAUAAGCGAGUGUUCGUGUGUGGGUGCCGACGUGAGAUCGGUUUGCAAAGAGUGAGGAGCCAAAUAUAGUGAUGGAAAUGCAGCUAUAGAAACAAAGAUCAAACGGGAAAGGUCGUGAUGAGGAACGCAAUGGUAAUAAACUUUAAUACCUUUGACCUUGGCCGCUUGAGAUGACAAAGAGAGGAUAAAUCAAGGAGAGACGAGGGUUGUGCUGUAGGUGACGCAAGAGGAGGAGGAGGAGGAAAGAGGAGGCAUGAUAGCCCAGGGGGUGACGGCCGCCCUGUACCUGCAGACGAGGUAUAGCCGUGAACAGCGCCACACAGCCUCCACAGCCAACCAGAACAACAACAACGUCGGGGCCAAGAACCUCAACCCAAAUAGGUCCCGCCGGGCCCCGCUUCGGCCCCACGGGGAGGACACAGAGGCCUCUCGGGGACACGCAGGAGCAGCCCAGGAGUCCUAUUUUGGGCAUCAAGCAUCGGAACAUCCCAAACCGCCCAGAAUCCGGUUAUCGUGGGUCCAGUUGAGUCCCGAGUCUCUGCUGUGGUCUGGCUUUGACUGGAAGGCUCACAGGAAGAGGUCAGUGGAAUGGGUGCGAUCAGUCGACUGGACACCUGACUGGCUGAAGGGCCGGAGCUUGGAGGAGGCACUGAGUUCGUCCAGGGCGUGGGGGAGGGAGUGGCUGGAAGUGGCGGACGAGCUUGAGAUGCCCCGGAUACCCAUCGGCGACUGGCUGGGAUUCAGGGACCAAGUGCUUGAAGGAAUGGUCAUGCCCGCCCGCCCGAUGCCGCCACCCCCGCAGCGGCCAAGAAGGCGGUGUGUGCCGUCGGUGGUGGUGUACGAUACAGGCCUUUGCACCAGGGAGGAGGAUGACCCCGCCCAGGCCGUGUUGUACUUCCGCCCGCGCCACACGCCCACCACCGCCCGCACCUCCCUGGCCGGGCAGCUCGCGGGCGUGGUGCACUUCUGCCGCCAAGCCUUCGGCACGCCCACCGUCGUCCGGACCCGCCACGCCCAUGUCGCCUUCAAGGACUAUGGACGGUUUGUGUUGAUGGUGUGUGGGCGUGGCGGGGAGUGGGCGCGCGGGCGGCUGGCGGAGGUGUGCCGCCAGCUGGACGCCGCAACAGGAGGCCUCCCGCACCUGUGGCUCACCUGCGGCUGGGACCAUCGCGCCUUUACGGACAGGUUGACGGAGGUGCUCGACGGCCUCCUCCCCACCGCCCUCCCUGACGCCGACUUCGGGGAGGAGGAUGGGGACGCAGAGGGGAUGCUUGGCUCCUCCCCCGUCACCCCCCUGAGCACCCCGUCCCCCGCCACUGAGGCUUCGGAGCUGGGGACGAUGGAGGAUGUGAUGGAUGCCCGCAGGAGGAAGGGGGAGCCGAGGGAAGAGGAAGGGGAGGAAGGAGAGGGCGAGGCAGUUAGACGUCUGCACAGAAUUUUCAACGCUGUUCCCUCCGUCCAGCUGCCGAAGAGCGGGGGCGGCGUGUUCCUGAAGGCACAGCAGGUGGUGGAGGCGUGCCAGCAGCAUCCAGGUGUACUCGCCGGGGCCACCUUGCAUAAAGACAGGGUCCUCAACACACAAAUGGACAGUGAUCUCACCAACGUGCUGGCCGCCCUGCCCCUGCACGUGGCAAAGGGUGGCGUGCUGGAGGAGCGCCACGUGGACUACCGCCUCCCCUCCGGCGUCCACUUGCUGAGGCUGCACGUGCCCACCACCACCCACGCCGCCCUCCGCAAGCACAUGCCCAAGCCAAUGCCUCGCCGCGGGGAGCGUGGCCUCCACAGCGAAGCAGCUUCUUUGGACCUCUCGUGUCUCCGCUCCGUCCUCCAGACCCGCCAGUCCCUCCACGGCUACCCCUCCUCCCUCCCCGUCGCCCCGGAGGCCCCACCGAAGAGGUCUGCAAGCCCCCAGCCCCAGGUGCCGCCACGCGGCGCCAGUCUGCUGGCCAGGAUCAGCGGCGGGUUGGAGGCAGAGCUGCGCCCAUCCCAGAGUCUGCCUGGCUCCCCCAGGAAGAUCCGUGUGGCCACGAUGCUGCCCGACGUGGGCACCAACUCCCCUGACCUGCGCUACAAAGUGCUGACGGGCCGCAAGCCGCGCCCGCCCGCCUCCACCCACUCCAGCCCGCGGAGGAUGCCGGGAGGCCGUAACGGCAUUCCUAGAAACCUGGACGGAUCCAGUAACGGCUUGAACGGAACUACAAAGCGCAGCCACGGCCUCUGUCCGCCCAGCCUGACCCGCGGCGAGAAACGGAACAACAAACUCAUCUCUGGGGACGCCGUGAAGCACUCCUCCAAGCUGGGCUACGAGUCAGAGAAGAGCGAAAGCGGCUUUGAGGACGGCGUUCAGUCCGACAGUGAACUGAACCUCAAGAACACCAAGAACAAGCUGAACCUGCACCUCGCCCCUGACAAGAUAAACCGACCCAGCCACGAGAUCGAGCUGGACGGCCUCGGCCACGACGAGCCCAAGAUCAGACGCGAGAUCAACGGCAACUUGUCCAAGGACGACGACCCUUCCAGCAGUCCCAACGGCAACAUGCCCUCCCUCAAGUCACAGCUGCAGGACCUCAAGGACGAGUCCGACACUUCGAGGAGCGAGGAGUCUGACAUCAGCGUCCUUGACCUCAGCAAGUACCUUGAAACCAAAGAAAACGGAGACAGGCAAUUGGCGGAGGCCGUCAAGGAUCUGAUGGAGCUGACAUCCCGCAGCGACGACGAGGACGCCCGGCCCUGCCACAGCAACGGAUCUGCAGACCUCGGAGACUCAGGGGAGGAGGACGUCUCCGCCGAGGGGUGGCGCGCCCUCACCCUCUACACCCAGAAGCUCGGGGACACAGUGCUGCACCUGCUGCUGUCCCCCGCCGCCUCCACCAACCCCCAACUGGUGUACACACUGUGGCGCCUGGGCCUGGCCGGGCUGGAGGACGUGCAGAAGGCGGUGGAGCGCGCCCUGGAGGUGGCUGAGGGCGGCAGCGGUGGCGACGCCUUCGUCCAGUACUCGUACAGCGUGCUCUCCGGCACCACCCCCGCCGCCCUGGAGCACAAGCUCGUCUCAGUGGUGCAUCAGGACUUUGCUGCCCACCGUGACCUCAUGGAAGUCACAAUCAGGAGCGAGGAGGCUGUGCUGUGGGGCCACCGUCACAGCAACACGGAGACCUUCUACCAAGUGGGUGCAGCGCCUCGCCCCGGCCUUCCCAUCCCCUCGGACGUGAUGGCCAAGGUGCCGCACAGAGCCCGCCGCCGCCUCGACCGAGACCACAACAUCACGCUGCUCUAGGUCCCGUGUCGCCUCCAAGGGUCAAAGGGCACGAGAAACGGCCCGCACGAACCUCUCCUGUCUGCUCCUCCUGGGUUGUGGGCAUAUUAGUGUUGCUUAGGCAGCCCUCAUGUGUUUGGUGAUGGUGGUGUUUGAUGUCAAUUUUGAGGUGCUGAUUCCUGGUGGUGAGGCUGGUGGUGUUGUCAGCCAGACGCAAACAGGGUAUGAUGCCAUCGGUGGGUGUCAGGUUCAGGAUGGUGUGCUGUGAGGGCAGUACUGGCGGAGAUGAGAUGGCGACGAUGGUGGUGGUGGUGAUGGUGGUAUUGUAACAUGUCCCGGAAUGCAAAAGUCAAACCCGUCCUUUCCUCCCCACAUGCACCACCUCACCACAACCACCACCACCGGCGUCACGUCAUCUCCAACACCGACUCAGUGGAUGGUGAGACGCCACACCCACAGAUGUCCUGGUCAGCUACGAUAGUGAAGAAGCCCUCGCCAUGCCGGGUCAGGGCGGGGCGUGGAUGGUGCCCCCGGCGAUGGCAAGGUGCUGGGGACAAGGACACGAACCGACCAAUUAUGUCUAUUUUAGUGAGCCCUUCGUGUCCUCGUUUGCUGUGUACAGUUGAACAUUGAUAAAUUUAUUACCUAGUAUUGUACAGCAGUAUUGCCAGAUAAGUGUGUUGCUUCCUCUGAUGUUUAUAAUAAUGUUUUCUGUUUUAUAUUGGAACCUUUCUGUGUGGGAUAAUUGAUGAUAAGAAGAGAUUAUAUUAUACCCUAUGCUUUAAAAUUGGUGUCGUGAAGCCUUUUCGGCGGAAGAGAAGCGGCGGUGCGUCGGAAAAGCAGAGUCCAGUCAGGUUUUUAGCGACGCGGGAGAGAAGGAUCUUGAAGGUGCGUCUGUGCGCCCAUCGCUGGCGGUACGGAAAGACACAUUAGUAGUUCGUCUUUACCACGAGUCCCGUAGCGUCCCUGAGUGAGUGUUCUUUUAUAGCCUUGGCGAGUCCCCCAGGCCGGUGCAGAGGGACAGGAAGAGGGCCAAGUAGCAGCAACACACACACACACACACACACACACACACACACACACACACACACACACACACACACACACACACACACACACACACACACACACACACACACACACACACACACACACACACACACACCAGUUGCUCAGCUUUGGCCCUUUAACUAAUGUCCUCUCUGUAACAGCCUGUGAGACUUUGGCCGGGUAGUCAGUCAGUCCACCUUAACCUGCUGGCCGGGGACACACAGUGUGGCCACGUCAAGGGAAGACUCGCGCACCACUGUAGCACUAAAUCCUUUUACAUACGAUUUACUUAAAGAAUAUAACCUUGGAUUUGUCUGUUUUUAUUCUGGCGUUUUGUCCCAGAAAGCGAGUUAGUCCCGACGUGAGUCGCCGUGAGUCGUGAGUCUCCGGCUGGAUCUGGGUCAGUGAGUCCCUCCAUGUCAAGACUCGGCUUCAACUGUGAUGUGAGUGAGUCGGUGAGUGCCACCCGGAGAGUCAUGCUGCCAUCCGAUCCAGAAAUACAUAACACGAAAAUGAGACGAAACAACUCAAGUUAAAAAAUUAUAUCAGAAGUUGUUUGAAGACACAGUAAACUCUUGUAUACCAAAAGCGCCUCAAUGUGAACCAACCCAUGACGUCGCUCACAUCACACACGAACGCCGAGAAAUAAGUCGCAAAAAUCCGGAGCUUAACUUAGGGUUAGGUUGCCCCGUCCAGCCGACCCCACACAACCCUCCACCCCUUCCACCCUCCCGCCCUCCCUCCCUCCUCCACUUGCGGAAGAAGAAAGAGAAGUGAAGAGGUCAGGUGUGCCCUUCGUAAGCUUGCCAAAAAGUGAGGUCAAGAUGCUGGGAGAGGAGGAGGGUCGUGGGGGAGGUUCAGGGCUGACCAAGCCUUCGUCCGUACCCAAAGUCCAUCCAUGUGCCAAGUUGUUCUCCUUGUUCCUCUCCCAUAUCCUUUCCCUUUUCCCUUUAUUUUUUUCCCUCCCUCUCUUCCUGUCUUUUUCUCUCUUCCUCUUCCUUCUCUUUACUCUUCUCUUCUCCCUAUAUUUCCCUAUUUUCCAUUUUUUUCCUCUCCCUUUUCCUUUCUUUUUCCCUCUCCCUUUUCCUUUUUCCCUGUCUUUCCUUUCCCCCUCUCCCUCUUUUCCUUUCUUUUCCUUUCUUUUCCCUGUCUUUCCCUUUCCUUCUUUCCUCUUGCUCGUUUCUCAAAAAACUGUAUUUAUUUUAUUUAUUUUUCAUACCUGUCAGCCUUUUUGUCAUUAUUACUCUAAAAUAACUUAUCUUCUUCACCAUACGUAAUUAUACUUUAUUUUCUACUUCUUUAUGUCUCUCCUUUCUUUCCUAUAUUUAAUUGUUUAUUCACUCCCUCCUUUCAUCACCACCUCAACCUCAAACUCUCUCUUGUCCUCUUCCUCAGUUCCUUCCUUCCCUGAUUUCUACUUCUUUAUGCUUUUCCAAUCAUUCUUUAUAGUCUUCCUUGUAUACUCUCCCUUCUUCCAAGACUGAACCAUCUCCUCAACCUCACGCUCCCCGUCAUCCCCGUGCUCAGUUCCUUCCUUCCCUGAUUUCCAGCAUUGUAGUAUCUUUAUCGGCUCCUCAUGAUAGUCUUCCGGCCAUAGAAUCCUUCCCAGAGUCGUCAGGUCCCCUCUCUGCCGUGGCGUGGAGGAUGAGGCUCUGUACCGUAUCAGCUAACAUUGGCAAUCAGCUAUAUUUGAUUAGUUGCUGUUAUCACUAGAUGUCUUUAAUGCUUGGUGGGUCAGGGUUAUGGCUCUUUGAGAAACUGAGGUUUUGCUUCAGUAUUUGGAUUCCAUAUUCUGACUACUUAGGUAUCAUUUUGGCUUAAGUACAGAAAGUGAUACAAAAAUGACCGCCCAUGUAUAUUGAUCUGUAACCAUGAAUGUCAAUAUGUCAACGAUCAUUUAAGAUGUAUUGCUCUUGCAGAAAUUGAUUAGAUGUUGCAAGGUUGAGCCAUAUGACAAUGACUUAUUAAUAUUUUGCCGGCCAUGGUCGUUCAAAAAUUGAUUACUAUUUGUCCGUAUAUAACAUCGGUGCCUUGUUAAUCCAAUGGGGCCACCUCAACAAGGAAUUCUAUCCUGCUCCUACAAAAAAAAAAAAAAAAGUUACCAAAAAGCAUUGCCCUCUUAAGUGAUUCUGUCAUAGGAAGGAGAUUAUUACACAAGGAGAGUUAAUUCCCAUGAUACUCUCCGCCCUGUACCUCAACAAUAAGCAUACAUUUGACGGUAACACAAAUUUCAGUAACUUCAGAUAAAUUAAACUGAGCCAAAAUCGUUGUAUGCCGAGUCCUCAACGUCAAUGGUGUCCUCGCUUUCCUCCCGUCGCCUCUAGUGUCCAGUUCCCUCCCUCCCUCCUGCCUUCAUCCUUCCUACCUCCUUCCCUUCCCUUACACACGAGGUCAAGUAUCGCGAAGUAACCCCAUAAUUGACCUUGUUAGCGUUACUAGUCCCUGAAGCUUCUCGGUAGUCCAGUGACGCUCCUUACGUAAUGUCGGUCAAGUUCUUCUAAUUUCCUCUAGCUGGGUUAAUUAAUCGUUAUACGCGGUAGAUGGUGUUCUUACGUGGCCAGUAAUAAUACUCACUGCUUCUCUUCGUUAACUUGUGACUGUGAACCUUUUUUUUCCUAUAGAGAUCCUCAUUGAUAUCGGUAUUUGGUUCCCUUCCCACUUGUGACUGUGAACCUUUUUUUUCCUAUAGAGAUCCUCAUUGAUAUCGGUAUUUGGUUCCCUUCCCACUUGUGACUGUGAACCUUUUUUUCAUAUAGAGAUCCUCAUUGUUAGCGGUAUUUGGUUCCCUUCCCCGCCUUCCGUACCCUUCGUCGCCCGGUUUAUGGAUUGCUGUUGACUGCUGUUGUUGUUUUUUUCCUUCCUGCGUGAUCGAGGGCCUAUAGAGACACCAGACUGAUAAGACCGUUCUGGCGUUGGUUCCCACGGGUCCUACAGGUAGAAUUGGUGGAGUCGACACGGCAUAGAGGUGAACCCGACGAACUGUCAAAUUUACGGCCAAAAGAUGGGGGUGGGCGAGCCUGGCCGAGCCCAUUAAGAGGGAGCCUUGACCUGACAACACCUGACACCUGGCCGUAAAAAUGACAGCUCGGGCGGAUUCACUUAAUUGGGCUGAUGUCGACUCCACCUGUUCUACCUCCAUGGCAUCAUAUGAGAGGAGAUAGGUGUUGGGACCGUGUGGGCAGAGCGGAGCGGCGGCGGGGAGGAGAGCACCAUUGCCAGAUUAUCGUACUCAGAGCCUCAUAUUUACCGGUUUCUGAGCCAUAGCCAUUGCCAAAAACACCAAUAAUUAACCAGUUUAACGAUAACUAUAUAUGAAGGCAGUUAUUGGGGUCGAGGAAGCAGUUGAUGGGUCGGAAAUCAGCAAACAUAGGAGGCUGAGUACGACAAUCUGGCAACGUUGGAGGAAAGGACCAGCAGGAACCAACGCCCAAAACGGUCUCGCCAGUCUGGUUCCCCUAUAGUUUUUUUGCACAGGUUUUACGAUGCUGUUUUGCCGUCUUCACCAUCGUCGCCCGAGUGGGAGGUGCGCGCCGUAGUGUUCUGUUGCGGAGAUUAAAAAAAACUUUGUAGCUUCUCUGGAGGUGGAAAAAAAUUAUAAUCCUCGUGUCUCCUUUACUUCGUCUGGUUCCUCUAGUCUGACCCCCUGACCUGACCUCCUGCCAGUGGGGAACCCUCGAGGGCGUCCUGAGGCUCCCGACCUUAUCCUCCCCACCUUCCCUUCGCGCCCCCAUCCCCCCUGGUCUCUUGGUGUUACGCUCAUCUGUGCCAACUCGCCCUUUGCUCAUGUCCCAAUCUGUGUCCAGCAUAUCCAGGUUCUGUGUCACGCCAGGACUCCCUGAUAUUCUUAAACGUAUCCGUGUCUCAGUUCCCCCGUUGGAAAAGCCUCUUGAAGUUGCCGGCGUUUUCUUGGACUGGUUUUGCGAUUCUAAUGAUAGUUUUACACGACUUCUGCGCCAUGAACGGGGAAAUCACCACCCAUGGAAACCCGGUUAACUUUCCCUGUGGUCUUUGGAGAUUGUCGUAAUGGGAGUCUGAUACGUUUAAGAAUGUGGACCUUUUUGCUUCCGCCCCUUCCUCCCUCCGGCUCCCCUUCCACCCUCUCGCUGGUUCCCCCUCCUCGGGUCCUUCCCUCUGGCAGCUUUCCGUGUCAUGUACAACUUCUUUCUAUUGUGAAUUAUACACAAUGAAUAAAUUUCUUUGAUUUA